CAGGUGCAAGUACCUUGCUUCUCCGUGAUCUUCAACUGUGCACUGCAUCAGUGCUGCACGAACGACGUUCGAACUGAGUCCACCAAUCAGGGGUUCAUUGCACACGUUUCCUUCAAACCUUAAAAACUACAUAUGUACCUGGAUAUCUUGUUCCUGUGCAGUCUCGCCUUUGCUUCAACUCUUAAUCUGAUUCAUCUGAUCCCGCCCCAGCGUUGGGUUCGGUUACCACAAUCUGGGGGUGUGGGUCGCCGAGCACUGUCUCCCUACAGUAGUGCCCGUUUUCAUGUGCCUGGGUUUAACAGGCGGCUGAACAAAAACUUCAUGCCGCUAUUCAAAUAUACCCAUUAUUGUUGGCAAAUGCUUCGCAGGUCAGAGGCUGACUCUGCAAAUGGAACCUGGUACUCGGCAAGCGGGACAAGCAAGAGUGUAACCUUAAAGGGAGCUAGCUGUCGCCUCUAAACCUUAAAUCAAGAGUGCGCAUACGUGCUCAACUACAAACUUACUCAGUCAAAGCUCGGUGUAGAUCUGGAAUGGGAAAGGGGAGGACGGAACGAAAUACAAACAA